GGACUUCUCACUAUACAUCCAAACCUACAAAUAUGUACAACUAAACAAGAAGCCAAAAUAUCUCAGUUACCAAGGAUAAGAGACCACAGGAGGCCCCUCCAUUAGAAAUCAUGAGAGCUACGGGGCCUUCAGUUAUCAUAAUCCAACAUUUGAAGUCCCUGGGAAUUAAACUCCGUAUGCCAAAGAAGGCCAGUCCCGAUGUCCAGAGGAAGACCUCCAAUGGGGAAAUAUUUGGGGUCCCGCUGCAGUCCCUUUCCCUCAGCAAAGAGGGUGAGAUCCCACAGUUUGUGGUCGACAUGUGCCAGUUCCUGAGUUACCAUUUGGACACAGAAGGACUCUUCAGAAAGUCUGGAUCAGUGAACAGAAUUAAAACCCUAAAGGCUCAGCUGGAGUCUGGGGAGAGCGGCUUGACCUCUGCUCAGCCCAGUGAUGUGGCCGCAUUGUUAAAACAGUUCUUCCGUGAACUUCCCCAUCCCCUCUUGACACCAGAACUCCAAGAUCCUCUGUGUCAGAUACAACAGCUUCUCACUGAGGAGGAGAAGGUUUCUGCCACUGCCUUGGUGACCUGCUUGCUUCCUACUAUUCAUGGGGAGACUCUCAAAUACUUCUGCAUCUUCCUUCAGAGCGUCGCUUGCAGGUCUAUUGAGAACAAAAUGGAUUCUGGGAAUCUGGCCGUGGUUUUAGCUCCUAGUUUGUUCUCUAGCAGUCACUUGUCUGAGAAGCUGACGCUCGCCACAGAGAAACAGCUGCAACUUCAGGCUUCUGCCAUCCAGAGCCUCAUUGACCAUGCACAGGAUAUAGGGCAGCUCCCUACAUUUAUUGGGGAAAAGAUUUCUGUUCCUUGUGAUUUGGUUGAAGAAGACUCUGUGACCCACAAUGCAGAGGGUCUUCGCCGGCGGCGCAGACGUAGCAUGAGUGGUAUUGUCAACGAGGCUUUAAGUAAAUUGAAGUCUGGCCUUGGUUCUUCCAUUGAUCGAGGAGGUGAGAAAAGAAACAAGACCAAGCGUAAAGCUUCAGAAGAGUCUGCUUGUGGAGAGCAGUUUACAGCAAAGAAACGAAAAUCUUUCAGGGAGGUUGCAGAUGGCAAAUUAUCCAACGACGAAUCAAGUGAACCAAUUAGUGCAACUUCUCCUCCACUCCAAGAUGACACUGGGGGUGUUGAGGUUUUUUCUGACUUCUUGCUGAGCCCAGAUAACUUUUUAGAUGCAAGUUCUGCAUCCCCCGUCAUUCCAACAACACCAGAUUCCUCCUCCCGACUAGGACAGAAAGCGAGGACUAAACGGCGAAACAGCAAACGGUGCAAGAGAAUGCCAUCUGGUCAGAUCUCUCUUUCUCCUGCUCAGCUGGACAGAAAGGAAAAGGUCCGUAACUCUUUGAGACUCUUCCAUCGAACGCGAGCAACCAAGCAGCCGACACCUGAGGGCAAGAGCAUGGAGCCAAGUGGUUGGAAUAUAAUGAAGCGGAUGGUUGCUGAAGCCUUGGAGGGUCCCAUUUUCAGUGGAAGAGAUUUUCGAACAAACACUCUUUCUGUAAAAGGAUCAAACUCUGGUAAUACUACAAAAGACAAAACCUUAUGUACCGACAAUCCAUCAACUCCUCCUUCGUUGAGGUCUUCUCCUUCUUGGAAAUCUCUAGACAUGAAUGGUGAAGACUUGGAUGAAAUGCAUUCUGGAAAGCAUCGUAGAGCAUUACGUCGGUCACUUAGCAUGCCGGAAAAAGUGGGUGACUGUGCCAAGUAUGAAGAGGAUCAAGAGACCAUGAAACAGAAUAUUAUAAUUCCAAGUGAGGAAGGUAGAAAAGAAGACAAUAACCUUAACUUUCUGGAAGAAAAAACAUCUAUAUCCAGAAAUGAUCAGCUUCCUUUGGUGGAUUCUUCAAUUUCACAGAAAUCUCUUUUGAUGCCAAGCCAGGUGUCUGAGACAUUGAGAAUGCCAAUUGGUCACACAUCCCAGUACCGAAGUGUACGAAAAUUGGUCCUUAGUUUUCCUUGGGCUUCUGGUGCUACAGAAAUUGAUCCUCAGUUGAAAGACUGGGAAAAGCUGACUACUCACACCAUUAAACGCAAGGGCGCAAGAAGGUUUGGCCGUUCACUAAGUCAGGAGAGUGGAUUAAGAUCAAAUGACGAGAGAUGUUUACUUAAGAAAACAGAUGAGCCUUUUGUGGACAACUCCACUAACUUAAAAACUCUCAAUGGUCGAAACAGGGAAGUCUUUGUCAGCCGUAAGGACAUAACAUUGAGCAACUGGGGGUCCCGUAGUCUGGAUAGUGGAUUCCAAACAUCUGUGGAUACGUUACCAUUAAAUAUGGAAGGCCCGCUUUUGGAAAACCUCAUAAAACUGGACAAAAGCUCCUUGAUUUUAACAGAUGUGGUAGAGGAGGGAGAGUAUAGAUACAGAUGUUCUCCCUAA